CUUCUUCUGCUAUAAGCUCUUGAGUUGCAUUUGGGACUGUGGCAAUUCCUGAUGGCUCCCACAAAAGGAAAUCAUGGGGAAGGGGGGAAGAAGGGGCCACGAAAGGCACCUCAAUUUACCCAUCUCCCCCCACAAAAGGCCAUGAAGCUACAGAAGCAGUGGGCAGAACAACAGAAGAUAAAAUAUGCAUAUCGUGCCGAAUUGCGUAAAGCUGGGCGCCAAAACCUACUACUCCAAGAUCAUGAGGCACCCUCAAACAAAGAGAAAAUCGCAAAAGACAACCAUGAUAGUGCAGAUGUUGCUGUCCCAUCUACCUCACAGAAUCCGGACAGAAAAGACGCCUCGUUCUCCCGCUCACAACACCGCCCCAGCACUUCUAAAGAGUCUGCGUCAUCAAACCAAACCCCUUCCUUGCAACCCUCUCAGCCUGCUUCAUCGGAAAAAGCUAGAGCGAGGGCACGUAAACUCGCUAAGAUAGCCUACUCACCAGAGAGUCUACAUAAUUUCAAAAGUGACCCACUUCACAAGAAGUCUGAUUCUGGUGUAGUAAUGGGGAAAGGUGGUAGAGGGGUCAAAGGCCAACCCAAUAUGCGGAAGAGAAUGCAGGCCCUUCUCGCCCAAAUCGAGCUCAAAACGUGAAACCACCCAAGUCAGAGGCACGGAGUCGAGCAUGGAAAUCCCACUAAACAAGCUUGGAUCCGGCAAGACCAGGAUCAUCGCGGUUCAUUUUCAACUGGAAUAUUUUCCACUCUUCCAAUCCGUGUUUUCCAUUAUCUUCUUAUGAUACACUGUACAUACCAGACACUCCGUCAUCGAUUGCAUUCAUCAGAUGCCCUUCACGAUAAUUUUCUUCCCAUGAUUUUCGUUCCUGCCGAGCAUUUCUAAGCCUCGCUGUAUACCACCUCCGUCCAGUCCUCCUGGGAUGACGUAAGUACUAUUGAAGAAGUAUUUGAAGCGCUUGUCAUCGCCAUGAUAUUGCA